UCUCCAUGAAAUUCUAGAGGCUAACAAAACCCUUCGCCGCUCUCUCGAUCCUUCUCGCGACCGCAAAUGGCCAAGCGAUUGAUACCGUCUUUGAAUCGCAUUCUCGUGGAGAAGAUAGUUCCUCCGUCGAAGACUAACGCCGGUAUCCUUCUUCCGGAGAAAACGAGCAAGCUGAACUCUGGGAAAGUUGUGGCUGUUGGCCCUGGUGCCCGUGAUAGAGAUGGGAACCAUAUACCUGUAUUUGUGAAGGAAGGAGAUGUUGUCCUUCUGCCUGACUAUGGUGGUACUGAAGUGAAGCUCGGAGACAAAGAGUUCCAGCUCUUCAGAGAAGAUGAUAUACUGGGAACACUGAAAGAAUGAAGAUGAGCAAGGCUGGUUACAGCCAUUAUUGAUGAAUUGGGAUGAAUUUGCCAUUCUGUUCAUGUUUCCUGUUUCUUGUAUGAAGCAGGAUUCAUGUUUUGAGACUUUAGGGAAGAUGAAAUUUUCAUGGCAGUGAGUGAAAUCUUUUGAGAAGAAAUCAAACUUUUGAAUAAUAUAUAAAAUGGGUACUAACUUAUCUUUCUGCUCUGUUUAUUCACAA